UUCCCGGAUAAAUACAAUGCCUUGUCUUAUUCUGGUCGAUGCUUCACUUUCUAUGCUUCGUUUGGCGUCUCGCCACGACCAGAGCUGUCAACGAAAGCAGAUGGCCGAAGAAGGCGUACGACAUUUACUGCAGCACUUGAAAACGAAUUUCCCGCUCGAAUUCUCUUCUCUCAUGGCCUUCUCGUCCGAUUGCGAGCGCGUCGUGGGCUGGACGCGCGACUACGACAUGCUAAUUGGUGCCACGUCUCUCGGAGUCGGCGACAAGACGAACAUACUGGCAGCACUAAAGAAAAGCGGCGACUAUUGUACGUCAGAGUGGGGCGUGGCCUCUCCCUGUCAGAUAAUCGUUGUGACCGAUGAGCGACCGUUUCUCUUCUCUGAACACGAAUCUUUUCCCGACGGCUUUCACUACUCGUUCCCUUUUCCUUGCAAACUACAUUUCCUCGUUUUGACGUCAUCCGAUGACGUCAAACCAUGUGACGUCACUUUCGCUCAAAAUUUAGGAAAUCGGUUUUGUGAUCCGUUCGGGUCGUGUUACGUGUAUACGCCGACUGGCGUGUUGAGUUCGACUUCGGUCAACGAAAUGUUCCAGCGACUCAUUAACUCGCAUUUCGUUCUGUUUUCGGGUGAAUUAGCAUGCGGACGUUUGAAGUCGAAAAUCACGCUCAUGCCGCCUCCGAUGAGAAUGCGAUCGGGAAGCUGGGCCGAUCAACAAUGUCCAGACAGUGUUACUGAAUCGAAAAACGUUCAAUUGGAUUUUCCAAGAAUUAUUGAAAUUUGUGGUUUCAUGCAUCUCAGUGAUCUGGCUGGUGUGCCCGUCAUAUCUCGUCAUCUUGUACUCGACGAUCCUUCGCUCGCACAGAGACUCACAGAGCUUGCAAAGUCGGAUGACAAACCGAGUAUAUUGGGAGUGAAGUUGGAGAGUACAGGCGGCAGGAAGGCGUCUGUUGCUGGAAAUGUUGGUGGAACGGGAGGAAUUGGCAUUCGAUUAGAGAGGCCAGACAGUAGCGGGUUGAUGGGGAGUGAGAAAGCGGAUUAUGGGAAGAUGCCAUCGUUUAGGAUUUUAUUGCACGGAAGUUUGAAGGUGGAAGGAAUGGCAGCAUUGACAAAAUUGGGUGACAACUGGUAUGGAAUGCUGUAUUCAGCAGCCGACAGUCGAAAGAAAGCAAACCUAAUGCUCAGCAUCUUCCCUCCACACUCCGACAUCUCAUGGCUCGGCGAUCUCAACAACCUAACACACACUGAGGAGGAAGACGAAACCGAGGAUCCACCAUUUCCUGUGAAACCAUCCCACCCCCUCAGCUACCAUCCAGACAGCAACCUCGUGUGGAUGAAAGGCAAUGGAAUGCAGGUGGACGUGCAGAAGGUGUUGAGACAUGCAAAGAAACUUCCAGACAAACAGCAAGCGUUCCUCAAGGACAUCAACAAGUUGAGACGUACCGCGUUGGUGUACGGUUUCCACGACGUUCUCACGCUCGUCAGUGACCAGUUAAGUCGAGAUGCGAGUGGAAUGGCACCAUCUGAAGCAGCGUUGCUCGUUCACGUGGCCAAGGAGUUGAGGGAGAACUUCGAUGCAUCAAAACCGAUUGCGUCGUUCUAGUUGAAUACUUGACAUUCGUUUAGCGUGUUCUGUGUUACAGAUGUGAGAAUGGUUUGUGUGGCUUGUCGGCAGAAAAUGUAGUUACUAAUUGAAAAUAUUAAUAAUUAAUAUUAAAUAAGUUUUAUUUAUUUGGUCACGUGUUAUGCAGGAGGCGGGAUGAGUUGAGUUGGUCAUAUGUCACGUGACCAGCCUGUUACUGUACCCUAGUUAGUGUUCAGGGUAAUUAUAAAUAUUUUAGU